AUGCACUCGGAGUAUGUGAAAGAACAUAACAAACAUGUUAUUCAGCCGCCUAAGCUUGACUCGAGGUCUAUCAAGAAGUACCUCUCCACGAGAAUCAGUUCCCUCUUCCCUUCGAAAGAAGAGCUUCGUUCUCACAGUAAGAGGGAGCUUUUGAACCCAUUUUAUCCAUUGAAGCAAAUGACAUGGCACCACUGGAACUACUUCUUCAUGGGUUUUGCAGGCUGGACCUGGGACUCGUUUGAUUUCUUCACGGUGUCUUUAAAUGCCCACGAGAUUGCUGAAAGUUUCGACAAAUCUGUCACUGAUGUUACCUGGGGUAUUACUUUAGUUCUUAUGUUGCGUUCGGUUGGUGCUGUGAUUUUCGGUUUCUGGGGUGAUAGGUAUGGUCGUAAAUGGCCUUACAUUAUCAACUUGGCUCUUUUGGUUGUGUUGCAAAUUGGAACUGGUUUCGUCCAGACUUAUCAGCAAUUUUUGGGUGUUCGUGCUCUUUUUGGUAUAGCGAUGGGUGGUGUUUUUGGUUUCUCCUUGGCUACAUCUAUGGAUGACAUUCCUGUCGAUUGCAGAGGUGUCUUGUCGGGUAUUUUCCAGGAAGGUUACGCUUUUGGCUAUCUUUUGACUGUUAUCUUCAACAGAGCCAUUGUUCCAAACUCUCCACAUGGAUGGAGAGCUAUUUUUUGGUUUGCUGCUGGUCCUCCAGUGCUCUUCGUCAUUUGGAGAGCAUGCUUCCCUGAAACUGAUACCUACCUUCGCCAGAAGGAGAUCAUGAAGAAGGAACAAGAAAACAAGCCUGUUGCAAAGAAGUUCUUCACUAUGUCUGACUCCGCUAAAGAGGCUUUUAGACGCUACUGGCUCAUUAUGAUCUACUGUGUGUUCAUGAUGGUUGGUUUCAACUUUAUGUCUCAUGGCUCUCAGGAUUUGUACCCUACCUUGUUGAAGGUUCAGUUGCAGUUUGGUGAAGACAGAUCCACUGUUACAAACUGUGUGGCUAACUUGGGUGCUAUGUUUGGUGGUUUUAUUUGCGGUCACUUCUCUACAUUCAUUGGAAGAAGAUUGACUAUUAUUCUCGCUGUGAUUCUUGGUGCUGCUAUGAUUUAUCCAUGGGCAUACUUGCGUUCUGGAGCUAUCAAUGCUGGUGCUUUCUUCUUACAAGCUGGUGUUCAAGGCGCUUGGGGUGUGGUUCCAAUUCACUUGUCUGAAUUGUCUCCUCCAGCUUACAGAGCGUUGGUUGUCGGUCUUUCUUACCAGUUGGGUAACUUGGCUUCUUCUGCUUCUUCAACUAUUGAGAGUAAGUUGGGAGAAAAGUUCCCUACUAGAGCCCCAGAUGGAAAGAUGGUGUACGACUACUCCAAGGUUAUGGCCAUUUUCAUUGGUGCUGUCUUUGCUUACAUGCUCUUCAUUAUUUUGAUUGGUCCAGAGAACAGAGGUGCUGACUUCAACAUCUCCAGAGAUGCUAAGAUUGAUGAAGACGAGGUGCACAGCUUGGGCGAGAGAAAGGAUAGCAUGGACUCACUCCACAAGAACGAAGUCGAUCACAUCGAAGCUACUGACCUUGAGAGGAAGGCAGAUGUAUCCUACGUUGAAACUGCCAAGGUCUCAUCAAGAGAUUAG